AGAGUCUUCAUACUUUUAGAUCUGAUAUAUGAUUGAUUUCCUUAUCGGGAAAUAUAAAGCUACCUAGGUACACUAGGGUCCUAACUUCCCCACAUAGUGUCCCACAGUGGGGUUAUACUCCGAAUCUGCAGCCCAAGUCCAACUUUAUAUUGCCUCCAAUUUUUUUGCUAUCCAAAAUUUCUAUUCGUGAAGCUGGCAACAUCUCAAGACUCACAAGUUCUUCCAAGGACAAUAGAGCCGAGAUGCAUGCCUUAGUACAGCCUAAUGGAUGGGUUGCUCUCAAGCUUCCUUCUGGAAACUUAAGAGUACUUCAAGUCACUCCAAAUACAACUAUAUCGUUAGGGAAAUACGGCUCAUUCCCGAGCAAUCUAAUAAUUGAUCGACCAUUUCACUUCACCUACGAAUUGCAAGAUAAACGGCCAGGAGAGGACUUCAAUCGAUUGCGCAUCGUGCCCGCUUCCGAGCUUUACAGCGAUAUCCUCUCGUCCGAUACAUCUACCAGCCCACCUGAAGGGGAAACCCCCAUAACAAAUGACGGCGAAGAUAUCGAAAAUGCGAUCCCAGCUGGCAUAGAGUACUCACUAGUCGACCCCGAAUCCGGCGCCGUUGUUGCUCGGACCGAUCGCGCAGAGCUCGAUGCCUCUGCGCGCCAGACGCUAAGCAUAGAUGAAAUCGAGGCUUUGAAAAAAGAUGGAACAGACGCGGGCAGGGACCUCAUCGCGAAACUAAUGCUGUCCCACACUGCGAUCGAUCAGAAGACACAGUACUCCUUGGCCAAAUACAAAUUACUCAAGACGAAGAAAUACAUACGAAGGUUUAGCGUGUUACCUAUGGAUGUGCCCACGCUCGCCCACUAUCAAUUAGAAGUGAAGGAUUCGAGCAAGAUCCUAGAUAUGAGGGAUGAGAUGAUAGCACUCCUGGGAUGCUGGGCUAAUAUACAUUUUGGGGGAGAGGAUCAAUGUGAAAAUGAAGACGCGCAAGGAAUUGACGAUGAACAUAAAGAGCCCGAAUAUUCACCUGGAAGAUGGCUUGCGGUAGAUGAUACGGGCGGGCUUUUAGUGACAGCUAUGGCGGAGCGGAUGGGUAUACUUUACCCUCCUGAGAAAGAAGCUAAAGAUAUAAAGGAGGCCAUGCCAAGCACCAGUGACACUCUGCCGAAUGCAGACGGCGGAAAUGGCAGUUCUAAUAUGGAGGUAGUGGUUCAAAGUCAAAAUGCCGCCGAAUCUGAACCGCCGAGUAAGGCUACGAGAAGGAAUUCGCAUGGGGAUUCGAAGGCGCGGUGGGACGACUUACAUGUACCAUUCGUACGCUCCAAUACUCUUACCGUCAUUCACGCUAACCAACAACCGAACCUUACCUUCCUACGCGAUUACGGCUUCGACAUAACGAACCCUAACCCAACAUCCGAUCACCCCCUGGCCGCCCACCUAAUGACCAUAUCAUGGUUGCAACUCGUCGAACCCGAGCUAGAUCCUACAUAUACCUCGAAUAUGCCUAACGUCUCGCUUGAGGAGCUUCGCACGUGGAAAGCCAACCGUCGGGGUACAUAUCACCGCAAGCGUCGCCGUUGGGCUAGGGUUAGACAUAUCAUCAAUACCACACGGAAAGGCGAAUUUUCCGGAUUAGUUGUUGCGAGUACAAUGGAUCCAAUAUCCAUUAUGCGUUACGCAGUGCCGCUCCUCGCUGGUGGUGCACCGAUUGCUAUCUACUCGCAAUCGAUUGAGCCGUUGACCGCCCUAGUUGACUGUUACAGCAUAGCACGCCGUGCAGCCUGGGUAUCAAAUCCUCCGGAAGAGGCAGUUGGUAAAACGCCGGAAGAAUUGGAGCAGUGGCCUGGGAACGAAGAUUUCCCACUUAACCCAUCCCUUGUAUUAGGAGCUUCCCUACAGACGAGUCGUGUGAAGAAGUGGCAGGUACUACCCGGACGAACACAUCCUCUAAUGACAGGUAGGGGUGGAGCUGAAGGAUACGUAUUCACAGCUUGGAGAGUUAAGCCUGCGGAGGGCAAGGUAGAGGCUAGAGGCAAAGCUCGUACGAGAAAGAGGAAACUCGAGGAGCCAACCAAAGAAUAAAGGUGUUGUUUAGAUGGUGAUAAAAAAUAUGGCUUGCAUUCAUCGGCGUUAAAAAACCCCGGUUAUAUAUGGAAAACGAGGUGUGGCUAGUCUUCCGCGUCGUAUAGACUUGGGAUAGAUAUCCCU